AGUAAGAUGCAGCACUAGAAGGAAUGGCUAUAAAAGGAGUAACUCCUUCAAUCUGUCCAUGCUCUUCCAAACCAUUCCUUAACCUUCUAUGCCCUGCCUUCCAAACCGAUACUCCUCUCUCUCACCUUCUUUUCUUAUACAAAGCAAUUGUUUCAUCAAAAUAGAAACCAUGGUGUCAAAACCUGGUGGCUUGUAUGAACAAGGGAGCUUUCCAUCAAUCAAAAUCCUCAUACUUUUACUCCUUCAUUCUAUACUUCACAAAGCCAACUCAGGCUGCAACAAUAACUCUUCUUCAAGUUCCUUGCUUCCAUUUCCACCUCAUGAGAUUCUCUCAUCAUUGCAAACACUUCCUCUAGAUGGCUACUUUAGCCUAAGUAACAAUGAGGAUGCUGCCAAGGACUUUGGCAACAUACACCAUUUUCCUCCCCUAGCAGUGCUGCAUCCAAAAACAGUUUCUGAUAUAUCACGAACCAUAAAGCAUGUUUUUGAAAUGGGGUUUGCCUCAGAGCUGAAGGUUGCUGCCAGAGGCCAUGGCCAUUCCCUGCAAGGCCAGGCACAGGCAAAUGGGGGUCUAGUCAUUAACAUGGAGUCUCUGCAGGGUCCUGAAAUGAAAGUUCACGUUGGAGAGUUCCCUUAUGUGGAUGUCUCAGGGGGAGAGUUGUGGAUAAACAUUCUGCAUGAAACUCUUAAACAUGGGUUGGCACCAAAGUCAUGGACAGAUUACCUUCACCUCACUGUUGGAGGCACACUUUCAAAUGCUGGUAUAAGCGGCCAAGCCUUCAAACAUGGACCUCAGAUCAAUAACAUCUUUCAGCUUGAAGUGAUCACAGGAAAAGGAGAGGUGGUUACCUGCUCAGGGAACCGAAAUGCUGACCUUUUUCAUGGUGUACUUGGAGGGCUUGGUCAAUUCGGUAUCAUCACAAGGGCUAGAAUUUCUCUUGAAACAGCACCAAAGAUGGUGAAAUGGAUUAGAGUGCUCUACUCAGAAUUCUCUAUAUUUACUAGGGAUCAAGAGCAUUUAAUAUCACUAAAAAACACAUUUGAUUAUAUUGAAGGGUUUGUGAUCAUAAACAAAACUGGCAUCCUUAACAAUUGGAGAUCAUCCUUUGACCCCAAAAGUCCACUUCAAGCUAGCCAAUUCAAUUCUGAUGGAAGAACCUUUUACUGUCUUGAGAUGGCAAAAUACUUCAACCCUGAUGAAGCAGAACUCAUGAAUCAGAAUAUUGAUCAUCUAUUAUCAAAGCUGAGUUACAUCCAACCAAGUCUCUUCAGAUCAGAAGUUUCUUACGUGGAAUUCCUAGACAGAGUGCAUGUUUCUGAGAAAAAGCUAAGAGCAAAAGGCUUGUGGGAAGUCCCCCAUCCCUGGCUGAACCUUCUGAUCCCAAGAAGUGAGAUUCAUGACUUUGCUGAAGAAGUAUUUGGCAAAAUUCUUAAGGACACAAGUAAUGGCCCCAUACUCAUUUACCCCGUCAACCAAACAAGAUGGAACAGUAAGACAUCUUUGGUUACCCCAGAGGAAGAUGUUUUUUACCUGGUGGCUUUUCUAUCCUCGGCAGUCCCAAAUUCUACUGGUGCAAACAGUUUAGAACAGAUUGAAGCCCAAAACAAAAGGAUCAUAGAAUUCUACACCAGUGCACAGCUGAAAGUGAAGCAAUACCUUCCCCAUUACAGCACACAGGAAGAAUGGGAAGCCCACUUUGGGUCACAAUGGGAGGCAUUCGUGGAAAGAAAAAGGGCCUAUGACCCACUAGCACUGCUUGCCCCUGGCCACAGAAUCUUUCAAAAGGCGGUGUCUGCUUCAUGCUAGUCUUAGUGUGUGCGUGAGGUUGUGAACUAAUGCUAAUUAAUCAUGUAUGUUUCUUCCCUGGCCUUCCUCUCAAUAAUUGUGAGCGUGGCCAAUGCAUUUUCUAUUCAAAAGGAGGCUUGCUUUUUAGGUCAUCAUUACAAGAUUGUCUCAGGAAAACACCAAUAGUCAGUUAGUAGUGAUAUUUUAAGCUGAUUGCAGGAAAUUGUAUGGCUAAAUUUAGGACCACCCUUGUAAGACAAAAAUAUCAGCAAAGAAAAUUAUUAUUAAAUGUAAAGAAAAGGUUAAAUAAAGAGAAAUUAUUGUUUCCUUUUCUUCUGAUUUUUUAACUGAAAUAACUAGCCAUUUGUUUGCUUAAACUUUCUUUCUACUGCCAUAA